GGCGUACUUCAUCUCCUCGCCCCCUUGAUAUUGCCAUAUCUUGCAGCUUCUUGAGUCUGCUUCGUCUUCGCCAAGGAUCCACUCGCCAGAGACGAGAGAGUCGCACGAGCGUGAGUCAGAGUUCGUUUGCACAAGAGUUCGUAGUUGCCUUGUAACGGGCGGCUGCUCCUUGAAUUUUUGAUCAUCCGCCGACUAGGCAGACCAGGAGCAAAUAAUUUUCAUGUGAGCGAGGGCGAGCACGCCAUGGUGUGAAGACUAUGGGCUGGUUUGGUAGCAUCUUCGACGUUCUUUCAGGCCCAGCUAAUCUUGACGAUGGGCGCGACCACCAUCAGGAGAUUACGCGCUCAGGGGCCCCCGAGUUGGCGCACUUGCACCAACAGCAGCUUCCGGGUGCCCGGUCGCGCAACUAUCUGGGCAGCCGACGACAUCAGCUUUUUUCGCAGGUACAAUUGCGCAGUGGCACCAACAUCAAGACCUCGUUCGGCACGCAGGACGAUUACUACUGGUACUUUUUUCCGGAUAAAGAUCGACAGUCGCUGCUCGAGCGUGUUCCGUUGUUCAGUGAGAUUGACAAUCUCGGUUUCGUGCCGCAGAAGCUGGACUCCAUCGCGCGGCAACAGGGUAUGUUCAGCGAUGGCGGAGAGUUCACGACGUGCUUCCGCCGUCCCCUGGCGCAGCGCCGCCCCGGCAAGGGCCAGCCGAUGGUAUAUCCAAGCUUUCGGCAAGUGCACGCGGCCGGGUUCGAAACGGCUACGGGGAGCAAGUUGGUGCGGUACCUACUGCCGUCCACAACCUAUGCAAAGCUUCCCGGUGAUCGAGACCGCGCCAUCGGGGCCCGAUUUAACCAGGGCACGGCGGAUUCGCCGGACUGGAUCUGGUGUCUGUGGAACAAUAUGCAUUGCAAAAGUAUCGUACUACGUAUAAAUUGCAUUACAAAUUUUCCCAAGAAAAAAACUCAAUUUGUCAUGCUAUUUCAGGUAGAAAUUUGGAUUUAUCAUGCAUAUCUGCAAUUAGUACGAGUGCAAUACUUUUGCACAGGAUAAGCAAGGUGUACAAGGACGAUGUCAAGACCUCAGACUUCAUUCGGAAAGACACACCUGGGCUAUGGAUACUGUAACAGUGUUGACCGUGUUCACGUGGUGGUACGGCUUUUGCUGUUAAUAGCUGCAGACGAGAUCGAGAAGA